AUGUCAAGAUCAAUUUUCAAGAAUCCAUUGACAUCAUCACAUUUAUGGCAUGUUAUUGAUGCUGAAGGUCAUCAUGUUGGUAAAAUAGCAACUAAAAUCGCCAAUUUAUUAAGAGGUAAACAUAAGCCAAUUUUCGAUAAAUCAGCAGUUCAAGAAUGUGGAGAUUAUGUUGUAGUAUUGAAUGCUAAAAAAGUUGAAUUUUCAGGUAAAAAAUGGGAUCAAAAAAUGUACAGAAAACAUUCAGGUUAUCCAGGUGGUCUUAAAGAAACACCAGCUAAAGAAAUGAAUAAAAAAGAUCCAGCACACAUUAUUCGUCAUGCUGUUAUGGGUAUGAUUCCAAAGAAUGACAGUAAAUAUUAUUUAGCUCAACGUUUAAAAAUAUAUCCAGAUUUCCACAACCCACAUCAAUCCCAAAUCUCAAAUAUACCAGUUUCACCAUUAACUCAAAAUAUAGGCAAAUAUAAAGAAGCUGAAAUUAAUAUCCCAGAAGAACAAUUCCAAGAGUAUUAUGCUGGUUAUAAAGUUAAAAUGGACGAAGUUGAAGGUAACUUUAGAGUUAUUGAAACUAUGACUCGUAACCAUAAAGAAUCUCUUAAACGUGAAAGAAGAUUAUUAAGAAAGAAGAGAGUCGGUGAAUUAAAACCAUUAAAAGGUCAAACUGUCAAAAAAGAUAAAUUUUAA